AAAGGUUUCUAAAUUAUUGAGUCAAAAGCACAACUGUGAGGACUGUGCUGAUGAAUUUUGAAGGGAAUCAUUUUUCAUCUCUACCCUUUUGAUAUCUGUCCUAAUUUGUUGGAAUUUUCUUACGAGUUUGAGUCGUCCUGCCAUCAUUCAUCUACUUUAGUUUCACAUUUUUGCACUUGUUCCAAGUUCCGCUUUGUUGAGCCAUCUCUGACUGGUUCAACCAAUACAUUAAACACUAACAGGCAGAAUGGAUACAGAUGAUGAUGACUUUUACAAUGAGAAUACCCCCGAUGAAACUGAAGAGGAGGAAGAGGAGGACAUGGUGGCUGAGAGUAGUAGCUCCAGUAAAAACAAGUUGGCUGCUAAAAAUAAACGAGGCCGAGGCGAAGAAGACGAGGACGAUGAUGACGGAUUCGAUGCCCACCACAUCGAGACCAAGCCAUUAGGGAAAGAUGGUGAGGAUGAGGAUGAAGAGGAUUAUCUGCAUGAGGUUUUGUCGCCCGAUGAGGUCGUCAAACAUAUGAAUGACUGCAUCAAAGAAGUUAAUGUCAUUCUUCAGCUUCCUACCACAAUAACCCGCAUCUUGCUUAACCAUUUCAAGUGGGAUAGGGAUAAACUGAUGGAACGUUACUAUGACGACGAUCAAGACAAACUGUUUGCUGACGUCCGCGUAGUCAGUCCAUUCAAGAUGCCCAUCACUAAUCCUCCACCUCUCCCUCCGCCACAGUCAUCAUUGUUGGCAGCACCCGGUGGCAAGUUCAAGGUCAGAUUCAAUGUCAUUUUUGUGGGGCCCAUGUAUUUGAUGACGGGACUGCAGUGUGGACACACGUUCUGCGCUUCUUGUUGGAGCAAGUACCUCACCACGAAAAUUAUGGACGAGGGAAUGGGGGAAAUGAUUUCUUGUGCAGCACAUGGUUGUGAUAUCCUGGUAGAUGAUGAGAUGGUUAUGAAAUUGGUUACAGAGCCCAACGUCAAACUGAAGUACCAACAACUGAUUACCAACAGUUUUGUCGAGUGCAAUAGAUUACUGCGCUGGUGCACAGCUCCUAACUGCAGUUUCGUCAUCAAGGUUCAACACUCAGAUGCCAGGCCUGUCAGGUGCAAGUGUGGCAAUGUUUUCUGUUUUGCUUGCGGUGAAAAUUGGCACGACCCUGUCCAAUGCAAGUGGCUAAAAAGGUGGAUUAAAAAGUGCGAUGAUGACAGUGAGACUAGUAACUGGAUUGCUGCUAACACUAGGGAGUGUCCAAAAUGUCAUGCAACUAUAGAGAAGGACGGAGGUUGCAACCACAUGCUGUGCAAGAGAUGUAAAUUUGAUUUCUGCUGGGUUUGCCUUGGCCCCUGGGAGCCUCACGGGUCGUCCUGGUAUAAUUGCAACCGGUAUGAUGAGGACGCCGCCAAGAAAGCCCGAGAUGCCCAAGAGAAGUCGCGAGCUGCCCUACAACGCUAUCUGUUCUACUGCAAUCGCUACAUGAACCAUAUGCAGAGUCUCAAGUUCGAACACAGGUUAUACACAAGCGUUAGUCAGAAGAUGGAAGAAAUGCAGCAACAUAACAUGUCCUGGAUCGAAGUUCAAUUUUUAAAGAAGGCAGUUGAUGUCCUGUGUCAGUGCAGACAGACCCUAAUGUAUACUUACGUCUUCGCUUUCUAUCUCAGAAAGAACAACCAAUCAAUAAUCUUCGAGGACAACCAGAAAGAUCUUGAAAAUGCGACGGAGCAGUUGUCUGAGUAUCUAGAGAGAGAUAUAACGUCAGAGAUUCUUGUGGACAUCAAGCAGAAAGUUCAAGAUAAAUAUCGGUAUUGUGAGAGUCGUCGCAAGGUCUUGCUGGACCACGUGCACGAGGGCUACGAGAAAGAUCUCUGGCUAUAUCAGGACAUCAACAUAUGAUCAACAACAACAACAACAUGAACAAUGAAAAAAAUAUGGCCAGUCGAAAAUGUAAAAAUUCUUCUGGAUUUGGCUUCCUUUAAUGUUGUAUUAUUAUUAUUAUUUU